CACUGGUGGUGCUUGAUUCAAAAUGGCGGCGGCAAAGCCAAAUUGUUUGAUAGUGUGUAGCUCUUCCACCGAAGGUAAGAACUCAUUUUGGUUGUAUUUUAACGCGAACAAGGCAAGAAAUUAGUUACCGAACUUACCGAACUCGUUCAGUGGUUAGACGUUACAUACACGGCAAAAAACGCCGAGCCCACUGCUCAACAGGACUGAACAAUGUUUUGCUGCCCACGUUGUUCACACUUGUCAAGUGUCAACAAAUUGGAAGCUGGUUAACUCGGCCCACUGACCAACUCGGCCCAUACCAUCUUGGCCCAAUUGUUAACUACUGUUUGACAUAUUGGGAAAGCUAAUAGUAUACAAAAGAUAGCACCAAACCAAUACAACCAUUUGCAACUGCAUUGGGCGUACAGAUGAGUAAAGUUUGAGAACAUCCAGUUUGACUUAAUUUAAUUAAAGAAUCUAUCGAAGUUUCAAAUUCUCGAUCUGUCCGUUUUGAUACUAAAUUACUGAUCAUUCAAAUCUCUCAAAAUUUGCAAAGAUAGAACACAGUCAUGGUUCCUAGCUCGUUUAGUGGUUAGAUUGGUCAGUUUAUGAGCGGGUGGACUUGGUCCUUGAACGGUGGGCCGAGUUGGUUAGUGGGCCGAGUUGACUGUUGAGCACGAUAUGAAGAAUUAUCAAGCCGGAAGUUUGCCAUUAUCAACCGAAGCCGAAGGCUGAGGUCCAGUCUGCAUCCGGGGGCCCUUCCGCCACAGAUCCGUGGCGGGCAGCAAGGUCUGAAUGACCGCGCCAAGGAACAUUUGGCAGGCAUCACAGCAUCUAAGCUGUGCUUGGCGGGGAAACUGGCGUAACAAGAGGAAUUUUCACGAUUAAGAAAUGGUGUACAACAAUUGCUGUCAACAAGCAAAUAAAAUUUCUUCUGUAUUCUGUAAUUGAACCGACAAAGCAUGAAAAACAGAAAACCAUCUGUUUGAAAAUAAAAUAUAUAUAUUCGUAUAUAUUCGCGAUUCCCGGCCCCCGGGUAUACUUGUCGUAAGAUCUUGUUCCCAGUCCCCCCAGAGCCCUGUUAGUGUUUGCUCCGAGACCAAGGCCGUAAACAUGUGCUAAGAGUCGCUAGGCGCUAGCAAAACUAAUCUUUAUGGUAAUUAGUCAACCGAUUUAAUGUUCAUCACAUUUACUUUCACCACAAGGGUUUUUCUUUCUUUCACGUUGGGAUUUAUAUAUACUUUUACUCUUGCAAUAAUCAUCCAAUAUUGCUUGUGUUUCAUAUUGCCUUUAUUUAUAAUAUUACGUUUCAUUUAUAUAUUAUGCAUUUAACAUUUUAUUAAAGCAAUAACUGCAAUUUAUGUAUUUAUUGUUGCACUUCCAUGUAUAAUACAGUGAAUAACUUGUUUAUAAAUUUACAAGCCAAGAUUGAUUAUCUGUCAUGUCUGACUCUGACCGACUCAUUCGUAUCAUCUUUAAAACAAAGGUUUCCAGUGUGAUUUUUAUUCCAUCAGUAGAUGGCGGUUGGCGGAAGGAUAAUGUCAAGUUUUUUUCAGCUUCUGGCUGGGAAUUUAUUUUCGCAAAAAAUGCUGGCGGAAAUAUGUGGCGGGGACAAAAUAUAGAAUGCAGACUGGGCUGAGGUUGAUAACAGAAAACUGAGGGCUUGAUAAUUCUUCAUAUUGUCCGAAAACCGAAUUCAAUAAUUAAUUGUUUUAUUAUAUUUUAAUAAAAAAUUUAUUUAAUAAAAAAAUUAUUUAUUAUUUAUUUUUAUUUUAUACAAACAUUUGUAUUUUAGUUGUAUUAAGAAAAAAACAAUUCCUUAGUCCUUCGGCAACCGUUGUUGCAUCAUAUCAAUGGCGUCAGCGAGUCAAUAUGAUUCUCAUCGUCAUAGUAAUAUGGCGCAAACACGUCCAAAUUUUUUUCAUAUUGACUCUUUGAUGUAAUUUUGCUAGUAUGAAUGUGAAAAAUCCGUAUUUGGUUAGUGAUUGAGUUGAUAUGACAAUUUCACAGUUGGCUGUUAGCCAAUCAGAAACCAGGAUUUUUUUAAAUAAAUAAUAAUGAACAAUAUUGUUGAGCCUGAAUCGGGUGUAACAAUAUAUUUUUAAAUAUAUAUAUUUACAAUAUUAAAAUAUUGUUGACAGCUAUGAACAAUGUGGGCAGCAAAACAUUGUUCAAUCCUGUUUUCAUCAGUAUUGCAUCAACCUGAGCGUUUUUACGUGUGUAGUAUUAUUUAUAGUGAAAAAGCAAGACACUUCAUAUUAUAAAUAUUUUAUAUUAUAAAUGUGCUAUGAACUGCUAUCCAGUGACUACUGGCUCAAUCAAAGCCCCUUGCCUUGCUUGCAUCCAGGUGGGGAAAUGUUUUUGCAAUCUGCGCAGGCGAAGAGAGCUCUGGUAUUGUUGUCAGUAGUCAAUUUACAAUAGAGAAUAUGUUGUUUUGGCUUUAGCAAUCUUUGCCUAAUUCGCAAAUUUUGACUUCCAUUUUUUUCUGCAACUUUUAUUUUACAUUUUCUUCUGCAAGUUUUAUUUUACGUUUUUCUUCCGCAAAAUAUUUCCGCAAUAGAAUUUUUUACCUUGUUCCUUCCGCAGGAGAUCUCUUGCUUAAGUCCCUUACUUUCCACUAUGGCCAUGUUCCAAAGUCCUGGGUCUAGUCAUGCGAAUCCCAUGACCAUGUUGGAGGGACAAGAAAUAUGGCAGCUAACACACAUUUAAAUCAAAUGUUUAAUGUAAAAAGGAAAUAUUUCAUUUUCGUCUAAAAAGUUGAUAUUUGAUAGUACUAGAUACUUCUACUCCUUCACAUAUUUGACGCCUGUCACCAUAUAUUUUGUCCCUCCAAACGAUCCCAGAAUGCACUGUGAUCUUUUUUGGGAAAGGCUAAUUGCAUGUGCAUAAUCGCCGGUGACACGGGAUGUGCAUUACAUGCACAUGAUCCACAAAUAUGAAGCCUUGAGAUGUUCUCACAUUUAAAAUUGUAAUAUAUAAUUUAAUACAUUCAGUGUUUGAAAAGGAUCAGUAGAGAACAUACCAAAAGACUGAAAUGUACUAAGCCAACACACAGACUGGCUAGAAAUGAAAAUCUUAUGCCGAUACUCUAAGCUGUAUCAUAACUUGAUCCUCACCAGAGAUCUCCAAAUUCUUGCUGCAGAAUCCACCCUAGCAGCAACCUUGUUCCUAGGCUCUUCCCUCUUGGAACGAGGUUGUCCUAGCAGGGCUCGAAAUAGAGAAAAAAUAUGGUCUGCCAGUUUAAAAUUUUUUGGCAGGUGAAAUACAUGUAAAUUUUAGCUGGCCAUUUUUAUUCAUUGAAUGGCCAAAUGGCAAUGGCUCAUACCUGUAUGAGUCAUAUUGUAAAAAUCAAUAUUUUCAUCAUAUGCAUUUUUAUUAUUUUUAGACUUGUCUAUUUUACUACAGUAAACUUGGAUUUACACUAUUUUACAUUUCAAACAUAAACGUAUUUAGUCAACUAAAUGAUCUAGUAUAAUUAUAUGAGUUGUGGUAAGCAAAUGAAAUGAAAUAUAUCAAUUCUAUAGAAUUUCACCUGCCAUUUUUUUUUACUUGGCAGUUCAAAUUUAUUUUUGCCUGCCAUUUCUAAAAUAUGGCCUGCUUUUGGCCAUUGGCAGCCCGCUAUUUCGAGCCCUGCACUCUAGUAUAAUGGGUUAUGCAUUUAUUAUUAGCAUGACAAAAUUACUGGAUGCUGAUUGGUUGAGAGAGUAGAAUUAUUUCAUUAAUUGUACUGCAGCACAAUAAUUAUUUUCCCAAAACAAACAAAAUGGUAGAAAGGUAUUUAAACACAAAUGAAAUUGCCCUGCAGAGGAACUUAAAGCAAAAGAACUAAAUGAAAAUACGAAUAAAAGCACCAAGUUUUGGUUGAAAAUCUGGCAGGACUGGGCUUUGGCGAGAGAAUAUAUGAUGUUGACACUGAGAAUUAUCUAAUUUUGUCGUGCUAAUAAUCAACAAAUAAUCAUGCGAUGUUGCCCGUACAAUUAGGGAUUUUAAAAUAGUACAAUAAUUGUCCAAUUUUGGCCAAAUUUCCAAACACCACUCAUACUAUUAAUCCCUAAUUGUACUCGCCAUCGCAUGAUUACCUAUAUACUAAUUCUGUAAGCAAAGAAUCUUACCUUAACUUACUGUAGCUUAAAUCCAGUACGUAUUGAACAUCACUUUACAUUUCCAGUAAGUUUAUCUUCGAGCAUUGCAGUUUUUGGCUGAUUUCAGGUUUUACUGAAUAUUACAGCUGUAAUAUAUGACCCCUGUCAUAUAGCUGGUAGAUAUAAGUACAGUAUAUUCAGUUUGUUCAAUUUUGGCAAUAUUGCUAUUCACCUAAAAAUUUAAAAUCUGCCCAACAAGUGAUGACCAGUACUGCAUCACAAGCACAACUUCUUCAGUUGAAACUCUUCAGUUUAAUGUCCAUCAAACUUAUACAACCUUGAACUUCAUUGGCUGCCGCAUACUAGCUCUUGCAUCGUAUCUGUUUUGUAUGUACAUUUUACUGUACCUUGGUUAUGUUUACCCUGAGUCUAUGUAGGUUUUAUCUGGUUUGUAUAGCAUGUAUCUUGGUUGCAAAUUGAGUGUUUGAAAGGGUUGUGACAGGUUAUAAUACAAAAGAGCGUCAGUUACAAAAUAAAUGAGUGUCAAAGCAUGAUUUGUUAUAAUGACAUGUUUGUGGGGAUUUGAAUUGAACUUCUAAAAUCACGAGCAGGAGAUGCGUUGUUUGCCAACUAAAAUCAGGAUGUGGCAUAGAACUGUUAGCCUAGGAUGAGCUUAAUAGUGCAUACAGCUAUUUCAAUUAAGGUUGUCGCCGGAGCAAAGCGGAAAAGUCGAAUACGAGCGCGAAAGGCUGCUGGGAAUCGCUAAUAAAUUCAUUCAUUUAUAUUCCCAGCAGCCUUUCGCGCUCGUAUUCGACUUUUCCGCUUUGCUCGGGGGACAUCCUUAAUUGAAAUAGCUGUAUACAGGUUUAACGGGAACCCGCCCCCCCCCCCCCCCCUCACCCCCCCUCCUUAAUGAGUCAAAUUCUGUAUUCAUGCAUAGUAUAAUUUAUGCAUAGUAUACAGUCACAUAGUUCUUUUACCAUACCUGGGAUAGCAAGCACACAGACAGACAGAUAGAGACAUAUUUCUUAAUAUAAUUAUUAUUAAUAAUAACUUCAAUAAUAAUUAUUAAUAAUAACUUCGCUAUUCUUUCAAGGUGUGUCUGCGUCAUCAUUUAUUCAUGCAUUUACCUUGACAAACUCAACAUUCAAUGUUCAAAUUGUUACACCUCAGGUACUAUCUUGUUAAAUAUCGCAUUUAGUUCUUACUGUAAGUUGCACUAUUCUGUUGUAGUAUUUUUGUACAGGUAGUGAUGCACCAGUAUUGAAUAUCUCCCCUAUUCCUCUCGUCGUGAUGUAGUAUUUGCUGUUCAAGGAAAAAUAUCACCUGGGGAUAUUUGGAUACAGUAUAUGUAGUGUACUUUGCAUAUUAAAAUUCAUUAUAAGGAGUGAAACAAGCAAAUUAUGCAAUUAUAUUUCUUUAUUGAGAUGUUCCAGUGAAUGUGUGAUUGUCUGAGCUUGGUGUUUAUAGCCAUAUUGUAAUUUAAAUGUUGUAUAGUAUACUGAGUCUUGUAUACUGAGUCUAGUAACUUGGGAACUAUCUUUUCAUUAAUGUUACUCACGCGGUGUCAGUCAGUGUAAGUAUUAAUAAUUGGUUUUCGGAUUCAGCGACGGAAACGUCGGAACUACGUCGGGGGGGGGGGGGGGACCACCAUUUGUUGCUGGAAAUCUUAGUCAUACACAGUAUUUUAAAUUUUUUGCCUUACAUUUCACGCAGUAUAUAGCUUGAUGUUUAGCCUAUCAAUGUUUUUAUAGUUGAAAAAUUAUUGUUCCAGCUGUGUUACACAGUCCAUUUGCACUCAAGAAAAAUUUCCACGGACAGAAAAUUUUCCGAAAAUAUCAUUGUUAAAAGUUCAAAAGUUAGAAGUUUUCAACUUCAAAUUUUUGACAUGCAAGUGUACAUAAAAAUACUUCUGUGGUUUUUGCAAACAAAAAGGCAAUUUUGACGUGAGAUAAUUUUUUAAGAACAUUCCGAGCACACGAGCAACAAAACUUGUCAAUGGAAACUUGUCAAGGAAAGCUUGUUGACCGUACACACGAGAAAGUAAACGUGUCAAGGAAAUCUUGCUCUUCUGUACGGGGUUUAAAUUGCUAGUCCAAGGGGGUGAAGAAAAAUUUUACCGUCAUACCAUACCGAAAUUGUACGUUUUCGACCAAAUUUUUUUUAGAAAACAUGGAAAUUUCGAAACAAAAAGGGCACCUUUGAUGUUAAUUUAGUAUUUACAGUGACAUUAGCGUGUACAAAAAGGGCACUUUUCAUCACAAAACAGGACACUUUUAGUCCUUUGAAAAAUGGGGCACGUACCUGGUUCCUGCGUCCCUGUUGCUGGUACAAACGGAAAGGCUACUGUAUUAAAUAAAAAAUUAAAGCACAUCUGAAAAACCGUAACAACUUCAAUAAAGUAAAAGGACAAAUAUAUAUUUCUUCAGGAAAAUAUAUAUGUGAAUUAUAAAGAGGGUGUUAACCUAGUCCUGUUUAUGUCCGCUCGGCAACUUUUUGUGAUUUCAAAUUUCUCAACUGAAGGGUCGCCAGAUUGAGUACAUCAGGUCUGACGACAGUAGCAAGAGAUGGAUCAAUGAAUUUAGAACGAAAACAAUUUCAGUUCCUGGCAAACUGGAAAACAUUCAAGGUUGGUGCGCCAUGAUUGGUCUAUAAACAUGCGCGCUUUUUAAUAAAUCCAAUUUUCAGCUAUAUAUUGAUGUCAUACAGUUCCUUCCCCGAUUGGUGCUUCUUUGGUAUUAAUAAUAAUAUUUUGAUUUAAACAUUUUUCUGCACGUGGGAAUAUACAAAAAUAUAGAGAAACAACAAACUGCUAACAAGACAAAAUGAAUCUGCACGUGGGAAUAUACAAAAAUAUAGAAAAACAACAAACUGCUAACAAGACAAAAUGAAUGCAUGUGAAAGUAUUUAGAAGUUUUAAUAUGGCCAAAUGAGCCAAAGGCCUUGUACUUGUUGAGACCCGUAUGUUUACGCUAACGUUUUUGCGACACUACCAUCCGGCUAGUAUGUGUGACUAAUAUGAUAUAUUCUAGAUUGCUACACGGUUGGUCAUAACAGGAAAUAAUAUUUUUGUUUCUGGGAUCCUAAGUUUAAUAUUUUAAUUCUUCCUAAUAAAUUAUUUCUGUGUCUGUCAGGGAUUAUGCAAUGCCCUAAAGUUUCUGUCAGCUUAGUCAGGUCUGAAAUCAGAUCCUAGAUGUCAGGUUCCACCAUUAUUUCCUGCUAUGCGAUUGGCAAUAAUUAAUCUUUAUCAUAAUUAACGAAGUUGUUAUUUGUUCAGUUACGGAAACCAACGACUUUGGCUAUUUGUCCAUGAAUUAAUUUGAUUGGUUGAUUGAAAUGACCAGGCGGUUGUUUCACACAAUAAAGCUCUCUCCUCCGCAGAGGCUUUGUUGGCUAUGAUUACGGUCAGUAUUGAGAUACAUUUCACUACACUUUACAUGGCGGAUCUUGGAACACGAGCGGAGUCGCUGGGCGAAGGAGCGCAGGCGGAAAAGGGAGAAGGCGAGGGAAGGCGCGAAGCCUCUGCACGAUUCCACACCCAAUAUGGCAGUAAACCGAGGGGAGGAUAAUUAUCAAACGCAACAUAAAAGAUCUCUUUAUAAUACUGCAACAAGCUCACAAAGAGAUUAUUUACUAGUUCUACGAAAUAAGAAAAUGUUAUUUCCAGUUUCCGAGAAAACAUCUGCUAUUUUUUCCAGACAAGGUCUCCAUCUAGUUUACACUGUAAAACAAUGCAUAGAAACAACGUAUUUAGCGAACAGGUUUUGGUAGAAGGCGAUGCUUUGGUUCGGCAAUAUGCAAGCGAAGAAACUCUGUCGAGUAUAAUGGUUUUGUCCGAGAAACGAAGUCGAAGAGAAGAAGUAAACAUUGCUUGCUUAAAUACUUGUAAAUAUAAGCAGAGAAAUUUAUAUUUGUAUUAAAUACAAUUUUAAAUAAAUAAAAAAUGAGUAUGUAGCAUACAGAACCAUUAUUAAAUUUAUUAUCAAGACUGAAAAUACCAUUUCAACUAUUUCUACUUCAGCAAUAUUUAUAAACAAACGUGACCUUGUCUAGAUUUCAUUCCGAACAUACUUUUGCCUGGCGAGUUUAAUAAAUUCUUAAACAAACUCUUAUUACUUUUAACCAUGCAUCCACAAAGAUACAACCACUAGUCAGUGAGGUGAAUCAAUCAUGCAUUAAAUUAUAAUUUAUUUUCAAAAAGGCGUAUGUUAUUUAGCUUAAAAAUCACCUUUUGUUUCGAUGUUACACUUUGUCCCACUUUAUUAGGCAAAUCGUGAAGAGGCUUCGCGUCUUUCCUUGCCUUCGCCCUUUCCCGCCUGCGCUCCUUCGCCCAGCUUCUCCGCUCGUGUUCCACGAUCCGCCAUGUAAAGUGUAGUGAAAUGUGUCUCAAUACUAAUCGUAAUCAUAGUCAACUAAAGCCUCUGCGGAGGAGAGAGUCAUUUUAGUAAGCUGACAGAACGAAGAAAUGAACCAAUAGGGAGUUUAAUCUUCACAUUUCUGGAAACGAUAAACGGCAGGUUCGAACUUUCUUGGCAAAAUUUUCGUUGAACGUUUUCGUUUCAUAUUUUCUUUCUUGCGUCGAAAGAAUAAUUAUGUAUUUCAGUUUUAAAACAGCAAGUUCAUUUACUCUUUAUUGCCUGAUACUGUAAAAUCUUUUUUCGCCUGGCAUUUGCCGUUUGACGUAUAACGCGAAGCUUAUAAGCUCUCUAAUCAAAUUAAUUCACGGACAAAUAGCCAAAGCUCGUUGGUUUCAGUGACCGGAAAAAUAAGCACUUUCUGUAUUUACUUAAACUCUUCUAUUCCCUGUGUCUACUCUCCCAUUUGCUGUAACUUUCCUGACCCCCAAAAAUUAUUUUUCAGCAUCUAGGUUUUCUGCGAUACUUAUACCAAGUUCCCCGGGUGCUUUAUAUGAUUUAGCUGAGAAUGAAGUCAUGGCGGGCUUGUUAAACCGUUUUAUUGAACAGAAAAGUAAGUGUUGUAUCUUGUCCUCGGAAUUGCAGGAAUAUUAACUUGCUACUAAACUUGGGUGUCCACUGAGAGUUUAAUAUGGAGAGAUCCCAAACGGAACCCAAUGUCCCUCCCCAGUUUUAGCGUAUAAAGCCCUUCGGUCCGAUUCCAUGUCGGAAUAUUCAGAAAUUUAGCUUUCAUCAAGUAAGGGACGGACCAUUCGAUAUUUUAGGGGGAGGUUGCAGAAAUCAAAAAAAAUUUCGAGCAAUCCCCUACUCAUGGAAAAAAAUGCAUGUUCAUGCAAUUCAAGCAUACGUAGAAAAGGCCGCACAGAUAGGUUUUUCGUGUCAUUUGCACCAUAUUUUGCACAGAAAGAAAUACAGAAAGUUUCUGCCUCUAUUUCCACUAUCCGCUUUACCUGAACAUUUCGCGAUAUUUCUUACAAAGUAUUUUUUUCAGAACCAAUUUGUGCUGUGGGAUACGGCGUGGCUGCAUUAUUUUCAGCAAAGAAUGAAAACAACAAAUCAUCAUGGAGUUUCAAGAAUUAUUCUUUGACAGCUGUAAGUUUCUUAGAAAUUGUCUUCCCAACACCAAUUACUUGAUUUGAUGAACCCUUGGUCAUUUUCUUCAUUUUUUUUUUCAAUCUAGCCAUCUUUGUUUGAAUUAGCUAGAGCUGAGAAUUUUAACUCCCUUCCUAUAAUUGCGGAAGAUUUCAUAAAGGAUCAUGGAGGGACGUACAGUGGUAAGAAAAUACAUGCACUACCGUGUUUAGUUGAAGGGUUUUUGUAGAUAGAAAUUCCGAGUUGAAGAUUAUAUCUCUGGCAGGAAUUUUUUGCAUCUUUAGUAUGCAAAAAUUAAAUUUUUCGCAUCUCUAUUACAUCAAUUCGUUUUUAUGCAUGUGUUGAAGAAGGAUGUUCUGCUUCUCUGACCAUAGCCCGUGAGAAACAAACUUAAAAUCCAUUCCAUUUAAGGCGGUCCUAAGUUGAAAACAGUGUAGUCGUGUGUUUGAUAUUGAGUAUGCUUGUUGUGAGAGGCAAGGGUAAGCAGGCUAAGUCAAGGUGGGGGAUGAUGCAUGAAACGUUAAUUUAAUUGGUUUAUAUUUUAGCCAGCGAAUGUGAUGCCGUUCAUGUGGUUAUGGACCGCCAUGUUAUAACAGGGCAAAAUGAUCAGUCUACCUUAUGUGCUGUACAAAACCUUAUAUUAUUAUGCAAUGGAAGGUAGGAAUAAAGCAUAUAUUUACAUAAAAUAAAUUUUAAUUUUAAUAGUUCGAAAUACAUUAUUGUAUAGUCAAUAAGAUACAAAACAAUUACUAGACUGUUUGACUGAUUCUGAGACUAUGUUCGUACUUCAUACUACGCCGGGUUCACCGCCGUCGUGUUCACACUACGCUGGGGCGAAAUUGUGUGAAAACGUCACUUUUGUCGUAACAAUUUGAGUAUGAUGUUUGUGAUGUUACUCUGAGUGUAUAUCCACACCGGGCGAGCUUGAAAAAUAUGCCCGGCCGCGGUGGGAAUCGAAACUACGACCUUUGGAAUACUAGCCCAAUGCUCUGCCAACUGAGCUACGCGGUCAGGACGGUUCGAGUUAGUGAUAUUUCGGAACAGAAUCUAGUUCCUUCGAUACCAAUGUAAUCUAGUAAUAUGAUUUUUCUAUGUUGGUGUUGUGUACUCAGGUGAAUAAUAUGAUGUUUGUGAUGUUACUCUGAGUGUAUAUCUACACCGGGCGAGCUGCCCGCCGCGGUGGGAAUCGAACAUACGACCUUUGGAAUACUAGCCCAACAUAGAAAAAUCAUAUUACUAGAUUACAUUGGUAUCGAAGGAACUAGAUUCUGUUCCGAAAUAUCACUAACUCGAACCGUCCUGACCGCGUAGCUCAGUUGGCAGAGCAUUGGGCUAGUAUUCCAAAGGUCGUAGGUUCGAUUCCCACCGCGGCCGGGUAUAUUUUUCAAGCUCGCCCGGUGUGGAUAUACACUCAGAGUAACAUCACAAACAUCAUAUUCACCUGAGUACACAACACCAACAUAGAAAAAUUUGAGUUUGGUUUCAAAAACGGAGUGAAAUGAAAACGGAGCGCUUAGCGGCUUUGUGUGAACAGCUAACCUCGUACCCAGGCGCUCAUAAGGAAAAUCGCGCUAAGCAAGCACUUCAACAACGCUUAACCACUGAACACUGAAGUGCUUACUUAGCGCGAUUUUCCUUAUAAGCGCCUGGGUACGAGGCUAGUGAACAGCGGCACCGUCUUUAUCUUGCUCUACUUUAGCAUUUUUAUUAUAUUUUUAUUAUUUUUUUUUACUACUUGAGCUCGUUUUGCGAAUCCGUACCGAAACUCUAACGGCUUCGUGUGAACAUGCAGACGUAAAACAUGGCGUCAUUAUUUCGCACCUGCGUAGUGUGAACGUAGUCUGAGUAUUGAAAUUAUUCAUUUCGGAUCCAAAUUUCAGAAUUUGAAUGAAGACACUGGGUUAUUUAUAAAUCGCACAAUGACUGGGCACACAAUAUAUCGGUAGCAUCGGGCCAGAGGCAACACUUUCCUUGCAAUAGUAUAAAUAUCAUGAAUCUAAAUUCGUUAAGACCAGCUACAAUUGAAUGUGGAAUUUAUGUAAUGAUUCUUCUUUUAUAUUUUUUGCAGACAUGGCAAAAUGAAGUCAUAAUAUUACAACCACACCGUGUUAAUAAUUUGCCAAACGUAGUAUGAUUGGUUAUGACUUAUGUAGUCCCAUCGUGAUUGUUAUUCUAAUGGUCAAUAGACUUUACUGUUUGUCGCACUUUUGCCCCAAUGGUCUCGUUUCCAUAUUUGCCUGUUUUCACAUAACAUUCUCGUCCACAAAGCCAUUUUUACUCCUUCACUCGUUGAAAAUUAGGCUCUGGGUUAGAGGACUAAAGCCAGGGAGAGAUUGGCUUCUCAGAGAACUGCUAUUUCCCAGAUGUUGAGCAGUUUUCGCUAGGCAAAAUUAUUCUAUCAAAAUAUGUCAACACAAAUACUUCGUUUCUUCGUAAUACGUCUCUGUGAAAAUUGUUACGGGUGCUAAAGCGUCCCAAUUCAAGAGUAUGCGCUUUAGAAACUACUGCAAGAUUUCUUGCACUUCCGGUUCCGUGUAUUCCAGGGCCUAUGAAGGUCGCGCGCGGCCGAGAGGCCCUGAGAACGAGGAUGAGCACAUAAAAUAUCUAUGCAUAAGCCAUAAAAGUUAUAUCCCCAUGUGCCGUCUACGAGUAUGUUUCUCCUUGAUCUUGAGCCCAAUUAAACCUAUCCGGCCAUCCUUAACUGUAUUAUGUACGAAACAUGAGGAAGUAACCACAUGAAAACGAGGCUGUUAGGGAAAGAGUGUAUUUUGCAAUAAACAGUCUAUUACGUGUAUAUAGUUAGAAAUAAGUAAAAUAAUAUGAUUAGAUGGUCAGCAGGGCAACACGACUAAUACUGGGUAUGAUUUGUAUAUUAUACUAUAGAUAUUGUAGUCUAAAGUCAAUCAAUAUUUUAAUAAAUAUUAAAAGUGAGAGAGCACCAUUUGUCCGAAAUUUCGAUUGACCUGCGAGCAGGCCAUAAAGCCUCGUUUUCGUGCAUGUGACAUUUUGCUGCGAUUUUAGUUGCGAUUUUCUCCUUUUGGAGAAUGUGAAGGAGUAGAUUAUUUAAGAUGUUGUUAUAAGAUUUCACAACCUGGAACAUUUAUAACUCAUCUACUCCUUCGCAUCCUCCAAAAGGAGAAAAUUCCCAACUAAAAUCGCAGCAAAAAUUGCCCGUGUAAACCGGCCUUAAGAUACACCAAAUCUACGACGCGGACGUGACGAAAAACUGCCGUUAUUAUCAGUUUCACUUCACGGCAGGUCUCGAAUUUCCCUUAAAUCAAUCGACGGCAAUGGCGUUAAAAAUUGCCGUAGAACAUAGCAGCUGUCUACGGCAAUUUUGGCAGUUUCCACGGCAUUUUUCAAAUUACUGUAAUAAAACUUUAAUUUCAUUGUUAAUAGUUUGGAUUUUUGGCAAGCUAGAAACAUGUCUACGACUACGUAAUAUUUCUUUAGUGUUUUUUCUCGAAGAAAACUGACUAAAAUAGUAAUUUGCGCAUGAUUUGAUCAACAUCAAAGUAGGAUCAGUAUCAAAGUAGUAAUGCGCAGUGAAUAGUAUAAAAAUUACACUAUACGCAAUGAUCCACGGCAUUUUGUUCUCCCUCUACGGCAAUUGCCGCGAUAAAAUUCGAGCCCUGCUUCACGGGUAUAAAAACUAUGGAUUGUUGUUGGUAAACAAAGCCAGGGACACGAGAAAAACAAAGUAAAACUAGUCUCUUAUUAUUAGCGACUGUUUUCUAGUCGCGUCCGCGCCGCAGAUUUGGUGCAUCUUAAGCUCCCUAUUAGUUAAAGUCCAACGUGGCUAUCACGAAAAUGAAGCUCUAUAGCCAAGGUGACGUUGUAUUGAACCACAACAAUCUAUUUAUAUAAAAACAUUUCCAUACUACAGCUCCAUUUUGAAGAUAAUUAAGAACAAUAGACUGUGUCGAUAAACUUGUUUUAUUGCGUUUGUUGUAGGCACCAGGCAGUAAUGGAAUUUAAUACCUAUGGUCUAAAAUUCUGUCCACAAUAUCUUAUUGGUCGGAGGACGUUUUCUGAGAUAAAGUUUCAUAGGCAGUAAGAAAGUCACCAGUCUGAAAGCUUCACUGGCUUGAGUUUCAUUUUCACAAUUAAACUGAAAAACAACUUGACCUUCUUUGACUUCCGCCACGUAAUGAUCUACUUUGCCCUGUCCUUUUCCCAUGCGACUUCCAAGUGGUUUCUUCGUUACAGGUGUUGUUGCUUCGAUUUUCCACAUUUGCCGAGUUUUGGUCUUUCGUACUAUGGAUAUCCUUGCCGCUUCUAUGGUCUUAGCUUUCAGGCUACCAGGACCACGGGCAUAAAUUGCGAAAUCAUAUUUGUCCACAAAGUCAUAUCUGGGUGCAACAUGUUGACUUUCUUUGGGUAGACUUGACAGUAACCGUGUAGUCAGCCAUGUGUUUGCAGUGUUCAGCUGAAAGAUAACAAAUCACUGUGUUUUGGU